AUGCUUCAUCUUUUCUACGUUGUCGUCUUAAUUCAGCUAUCAUAUGGCUGCCUUAACAAGAAUAGUAGGUCCCCAAAACAUUUUCCAGCAGUUUUUUUUGAUUAAACAAAAUAAGACAUAGGCGUAAGAUUGCGAUCGUAUUGCGUUUUUAAAUUUGAAGAAAUCUUUGAGGAAGAAAGUAAGACAGUUAGAUAUGCCUGCUUGGCAUCUUCUAUAGUUUAUUUGAAACCUUACUUGUUCCACCGAAAGUUGUCGGAAUAUGUUAUGUUUUUGCUUAAGCUUCAUUAAAAUUUGAGUCAGUGUUUUAACUAUGUUGAACAGGCGGUCAGGUUUAAGUGACCCCAGUGCGCCUGCAGCCUUGAAUGUGAGUGAACUGACUAGACGAUAACAAAAUUAGCAAGGCUCUCUGUGAUACCAUAAUUUUAAAUACGCAAUAUGAAUUACCGCGCAGCACAAACUUUAGAUAUAUCAGGAAGUUUGUCAUGCUGGCUUUUAAAUCCGCAAAAAAAACUGAGAAGACGCAACCUUUAAUGAGCGCAUUUACUAAACAACAAAAUUGAAAGACCCUGUAUGCCUUAUUUGUCUUUUCCUGUAAUUAAUUAAUAUUUAUUGUGUCGUUGGCUACUGAGGUACACUGUCAGAGGUCAUUUACUUCCAUCGUCUUGUCCCCUGAUAUGGUGUAAGCGGGGACCGGUUUUUUUCACGAUUGUUCCCCGCCGGAGAAAGGUAUAUGCACAAUGUAGGAAGGGCGAUUGCCUUGCUUAUUCACAGAUUUUCUUCCGUUAUUCACCCGUUUUUCUCCUCUUAAUCAAAUUUUGACCUGAGUGAGCUCAAAAACGUGCAUGGGGACGGAACUGACAGCCACAUAUUUAGUCAGGGACGGCUUCUUAAUCAACCCGAAGAGAAUUGUCAUAAUUUCAAUUAUGCAUGCGAUCUUAUUGCGCGCAUUAUUUUGCAGAAGAUGAUAACGCGGACACUACAACCACUGGACCUAGCACGGAACCUACUCCGUCCGUCAAAAACAAUUCCGUGGGUGAGUUUAAAUAUCCACUUGUCUUCGGUUAUUACGCAGACGCAAACCAUGAAAGAGGCAUCGACUGUAAUAUUGUCUAUUUACUUCGCAGUGAUUACGAAGAAGGCGUGCUGUUUCAUAAACUUGUCCAGGCUUCGUUCGUCGUGCGAGAAGCUGCAGUAAAACAAUCAACAGAUGGCAAACGCUAGUCUGCCCAAACUUUAAUCAACUUCAGGUCAUUUGUCUGCAUUAAAAGAAUACCAACCGUCGAGUUAGAUUGCCCUUUUGACGAACCAAUCUCUCAGUCUAAACGUUUACAUACUAUAAAAUACUAGUCUGUUCGUCGUAUGACUAGCCGUUAAUUAUCACCGUUCAGCCGACAUACAAUGUUAUCACAAAUGCAAAUGUGACGGUAGACGGCGUAAGAAUGUUUCUGAAAUGUUCUGCCUUAACAGAUACUACUACUGUUUUUGUCAUACUUAACGCAAGCAUUCAUCUCUCAGGAAGUUCUACAAAACACACUUUUUUUACAUCCCAGGCAGAAGCCUUAAUUAAGAUUCCAGCCACAUUCUGGGUAGCAUAUUUGAGGUCCAUCCAGUUUUAACCCGGUUGACAGCUAACAGCUGGGUAACGAGGAGCGGAUUUUUGCUGUUGUGUUCAUUUUCCAUCUUCGCGUUCAGACUCCUGGUUUGGUCAGUGCAUCACUGGGCAUGAAACCAUCGUAGUUAUUUCGAAAUUUGCUUGGGAAAUAUGAUGCAAACACGAUGAGGCAUAGCAAAAUUAAAAAAAACAGCACUAUCUUAAUUAGAGUAUUUACCAAAAAGCAGACUGGGGGACCUACUAUUGGGCCGAAUCCCUCGCCGCCAUGUCAUGCAGCGGCAGAAUAUCGGCGAACCACAAGCGCAUGUGCAUUAAGUUAGUGCCUCUGUUGUUCGUAUAGUAUUCCUUUGCUCUAAAAUAUGCCACUAGUUGCUUGUCGGUAUUUAAUAAAUAUUACGCACUUCCCCACUGUGGCUGAAGGACUUCGGCCACAAAUGUUCAAACAAAAAUAUUGGAUUUGACCCUAUGGACCUAGAACAUACUUGUAUAUCUCAUGUUCGCGAUUAAUUUUUGAGGAAAUAAAAAAAAAGCAACAAUGAGUUGCAGUGCUCAAUUUUACACGAAGGGGCUAUCUUUCCCUCUCCCAACUUCAUUCACGAAUCAGCCUCACUACGAGAACAAGACGGCCUAGUUUCGUGAAAAUAACACUCAUGUGAAUGCGUCUUCUUCGAUGCACUACAGAGUCAGGUUUACAGAGCGUGGAAGAGUCUUGUCUCAUUGGCAUUAGCCAGUCUGUCUACUCUCUGCCAUCCUAAAUGCCUUUCUACCAAAUGCAUCCUAUCUUUUUUCUAUAAAUCGCACUACCGGAGUAUCAAUGCCUUAAUGAAGGAUAAAUAAGGAGAGCUUGGACCACUAAGAUAACAACCUGCUUUGAAAUGAACACAUUAUACGAAAACUGCAGGCCUAAAACUUACAGGAGCACAUUCUAGCGGCUGUAGUGCUUAUGAGCAACAGGCUAAAAAACCAAUGGAAUGGGAUACAUACAAGCAGAAAAAAUUCGCUUUAGCACUGAGCUUUUAACUGAUAAAUUUUCAUUUUAAAUCAAAUAAAAACAACACAUACAUGCAGAUAUAUGCGGAGAUUAUUUUCUGAUGAACGCCCUAAAAUAUUUACUCGAUGAGAUGUCUGGGCAUGCAACGACAAAUGUUCCCCAGAAAAUCCGUCAUACUUCCUGUCUAACUUGUUAAGACCAGUCACCUCGUACCCAGUAUACGUAUGCCAAGCAUGGCAUGCACAGAAAGAUCUUAGGUAUUCGACUUGAAUACUCGUAUCGCGGUCCUAAUCGAUCUGACAAAUCAAACCGGAUCAUUAACUUAGUCUGCAACGCGUUGGCCUCGUACUGGAGACGCUUUUACUCGCCUGGUUGUCAUCUCAUACUCGAAAUGUGGAAGAAACUAGAACAGGCAAAUGUCAUGCCUCAGUAUUGAAUGAGGAUGCACACGCAGUUGUUGAUCACAGUUCAUUCUCACUUUUAACGUAACUCGCUUUAGCUGACUUGAGUAGAGAUUGCAAAACUCGGUUUCGAAGAUCGCUACAUUUUUAUUGUAGUUCUUAAAUAUGUCUUCUCUUUAAAGAUGUUACUUAGCUGACUUUGCAUUACUGAUAGGCAUGUCGCAUUGUUCUUGUGACGUUCUUGUUUACGCAAAAUUUGCUGUGAUAGGGUGAAGUGAGGCAACCCACAGACCGACAGCAUUAUACCUGCACACCGUAGCCUUCGUCAUCAGCCAAUCAGUGGAGGCAAAUCAUUGAUCCGCAACACGCUGCUGCUAUGCUACCCAGCCGGGUACGUAGGGUUCAUGGGGUCGAAGGAAAAUAUGUCUCGCGUGUAUCAGAUGCAACAUUGGUAACUGAACGUGCCUCAGACCACGCGAGUCAAACGUGCACAUGAAUCCUACUAGCAACUUACUUGGCCAUAAUCAUAACAUCACAUAAAUUGAGAACUUAAUGAAGUCACGUUCGCACAUACUCAAGAAAAGGCAUUGAUUUAAUUAAGUAGUAACCCAAAAGCACUGUCAAAACCGCAAUCAAAUGCACAACGUGAUGUUGCGUCUUAUUACAAUAUUUUACCUUCCAAAUAGUAGCAAAUUUAUACGAGUUCUGAAAACUAGCUGAGAAGGGGAAUAAAUCACUGAAACUAAAAAUAUUAUAUGGACGAAAUUUUCUUUUUCGGACCUUCCUUUUACAUGCUUAAUGUCUUUUACAAAGUUGGCUGCUAAAUCAAAAUGACACGGGCCGUUUGGUUUGCCUGUGAAGUCACAGAUGAUGAUACAUGUUGAAGAUCAAAGCAUAGAUCGAUGUCAUAUUGUUCCGACAAAACAUAAUAACGACCGUCCAAGUUUCGUCCGGUUUCCUUCCACCAGUCAGAUCUCCGGCUAAUUAAUUUUGGUUGCAUGCAAUAACUGAUCGGUUUGUGCUUGAUUAUGAAUGACUUCUCUGGAAACCCUCACAAGAUUAUCAUUUUAUAAUUUAUUCAUGCGAUCUCGUUUUUCGUAUUUUGUUUUAAGGUGAUCAAAACGCAACUGACACUACUGUUUCGACUAAAUCUCAAGCCACCUCAACCUUGCCCUUGAAGGAAACCAGUGCUUCAACUGACCAAAAUCCAGUGGAGAAGAAGAGGGUAUCACCUACGGUCGCCAAAAUAGGCGGAGCUUGGAAGGAUGACAUAAGACCUAAUCCGCCUGUCAAUAACUAUUCCACAGGUGAGUUCAAAUCUCUACUUGUCUACAGCAAAAUACGCAGACGCAAAAAAUGAGCAAGAAAUCAUUUUAUCUCGUGAAUUAGUCUAGAAAAGGUUUAAGAUGUAGGAAAUCACAGGUGAAAAAUCAGCUAACACUAGGCUACACCGUUGGCUUCGUCAAACCUUCAACGAUUCCAGGGCGUUUGUCUGUAUGCAAACAUAUAUCGACCGUCGAGUAAAUCCUCCAUCUGACAAAGCAGUCUCUCAGUAAAAGUUCUUACAGACUAUUAGUUAAGUUGUCGUGUGAAUAGUAGUCAGAAAGCAACACUCGGUCGACACGGAGCCACAUUACUGAUGUGACCGUGAAAAGAGAUGGUAAAAGAAUUCGUUAUAUUUGAUGGCUCAAUUAAUGUGCUUCAUCAACCUUUUUUGCUCCUAGGUCUGAAGACUUCCAGCUCCAUAUGUCCACGACUCGGGUUGGCUUUGUUCGCUCUUUCACUGGCAGUUGUUUUCUACUUGUUUUAA